GACGCCUAUUUGAAGCGGUGUCCCCGAAGGGCAGCCCUGUCGGCAUCCUUGAGUGGGCGCAGUUUCUGGAGCGUUACCGCAACGGAGACUGGUACUCCUUGCAGGAGCGCAUCCAUCUCACCUUUGCCUUGUAUGACCUGGAUGGGGAUGGCAUGCUGUCACUGGCAGAUGCUAUCAGCCUGUCGCGCGAGGUGGAGCGCCUGGAGUUGAUCUACGGCAAGGAGAGUUCGGCCAUGCCGGUCUGUGAAGAGAUGCGCUGGCUGUAUGGCCUCAUCGCGAAUGCUGCGGAUGGAGGGCACGACGGUGGGCGGCUGGACUUGCAGGUCUUCAAGCAGCUCCGUCCGAAUCCGUCAUUAACCCAGGUGAUGCUGAGCUGCAUGGACGCCAUGGCCCAGCAGCAGACUUUGGCUCCGCGGCGCCCAAGGCCUGGGCCGGUGGACACCACGCCGACGCAGUGA